AUGUCCAACGAAAGAAUAAGGGGAAUACACGUCCACCGCCCCGUCAUAUACGGCUCUCACGCCAGGCUUCUCACCGAGGCAGAGCGUCAACUCGCACCGCCAGGCCAUACGCACCGCUGGACUGUUUUCAUCAACUCUGCCGCCUCCCCACCUCCUUCUGAUGCCGAGGACAUCGACUAUCUGCCAGGCGGGGCGGAUGACAUGAUGAUUGACAAACCCCCAUUCAAAGUCUCGGAAACAGGAUGGGGUGAAUUCACCGUCGCUAUCCGGAUCCAAUUCAUCAACGAAUCCCUCGAAAAACCCUUAAACUUUACGCACAACAUCAAGCUGCACCAUAUGAACCAGCCUGCCGACCUGCCGGUGGUCACUGCGGCGCCCUCGGAAGCUGGGGCAGAAGGCAGUGUGGCUGGUGAAGUGAAGGAAGAAGCGGAAGAAGGUGUCAAGAUGGAAGUCGAUACUCCGGCAGAGACGCCUAUCGACACACCUGCUCCUACUGCAGCCCCCGCUCCAGCCCCUGCUGCUGCACCCGGCCCAGAAAGCACUCCUGCCCCAUCAGACCCUUCUCAACAGGCCCCCCCAUCCACAUCCACCCCCGCUCCCGAAACCGCCCCCUCCACACCCGCUUCCUCCCUCCCCGCCCCAUAUGCCGCCCCAGUCCACUCCUGGCAAUACGACGAAAUCGUCUUCCACGACCCUCCCAGGGUCUUCCUCGAUAUUCUCAAUGCACACCCACCGACGGCCCUGCCGCCCAAGAAUAGAAGGGCGUUUUUGACGCAGAGGCAGGAGGCGGAUGGGAAGAAGAAAAAGUUGAAUAGCGGGCUUGCUGGGAGGAGUGCGCCUCCGAGUGCUGCUGGGAGUGUUGCGGGGAGGAGCCGGGCGGGGACGGCAGAAACUGGGGCUGGAUUUCUUGGUACACCGGCACCAGACAUGGGCCAGCCUAUACCCAACAUUCUCGGAGUGGUGGGCAAUCAAAUGAGCACGCUGGAUGUACCGUUAGAGUUUUCGCAAGAGAUGGCAAAGGGAGAGAACAACUUGAUGGUGGAGGCGAGGAUCAAGAUUGUGGACCAGAUGGACCAAUGGAGAGAACGUCUGAUUGCGUUGGAAAAGGAGCUAGUAGCGGCCAAGGAAGAGGUCAAGUCCACGGCUUUGUAA